AUGAUAUGUGCAUUGAUUGCAUCUACUGGCUGGGCACAACAAGCUGAUUGGGUUUCAGAAAUAUGUCAAGGUUAUACAACAAAUCAAUAUGUUGCAGCACUAGUGGAAUGUAGUGAAAAUUCAUCACCAGAUUCAUAUAGAUCACUUUCGGCAAAUACAGUUAAAACAGCAACAAUAGUUAUUUUUGUUCUUAGUCUUGUUGCUGUUUUAAUUAUUUUUUUAAUUCAUGUAUUUGGAGCAUUACGUAAACGAAAAAUUUGGAAAAUUGCUACUAAAGUAGUUGCCAUCAUAUUAAUUCUAUUCUUUCUUCUUGUUCUUGCCAUAUCUAUUGCUGCAAUUUUUUGGGAAGUAAAAUUAUCAACUAUAUUUGGUUCUCGUUAUACAUCAAAUUCUUAUCAAUCAACACCAAAUGGUUAUCGUAAAGCACAAACUGGUGCAGCUGGUGCAGCCGCAGGUUUUGGACUUCUAGCUGCAAUUUUUCUACUUAUUGAUAUUAUUUGUCGUUUAUUAUCUAUGGGGUCAUUACGAAAACGAAAUCGAAAACGAAAAAUGCGUGUUGAUGCUAUAUCUUAG